CCUUAUAGACUCACCUUCGCCAUCUUUUGGGUCAAGAUCAACAUGGCUCUGUUUCGGCAAAUUUUUAAAACGGCCGGUUUGGCGAGACAAUGCAGUCGAGUGAUUGCAUCUUCACAAGCAAAACGAGGAUAUGCCGAUGUGGCUCCUUCGGUUAUGCCAUUUUCAUUUGCCUCACCAAAUGCUAUUUAUUAUAAGAACCAAAAUGUAAAGCAAGUUGAUGUGCCAGGCAUGAAUGAAUCGUUUGGUAUCCUGGCCACUCAUGUACCCAUGAUCACCGUCCUUCAGCCUGGAGUUAUGACAGUAAAAGAAGAGGAUGGAACAGCAAAAAAAUUCUUUGUGAGUAGUGGGUCGGUUACAAUUAACAAAGACUCUACAGUUGCGAUUUUGGCAGAGGAGGCAUAUCCUGUAGAUAGCCUUGAUGCUCAGGCUAUACGGGAUGGUUUGGCUCAAGCUCAAAACGACUUGAAAGCUGCAUCAACGGACAGGGCCAAAGCUGAAGCCCAAGUAUCUAUUAAUUGUUACGAGGCCAUGAAUAAGGCAGUCUCAGGACCCUCCUAAAGACAGAAUUCAGACAUUUUGAAUGUGUUUUUGAGUGCUGACAUAGGAACUACUACAACAUCAAAUUAUUUAAUGGUAGUAACUUUUAUGACUGAUAAAUGUUGAACGUUUUUUGACAUUUCAAAAUAAACAAAAUCUGUACAGUAA